CCACAACAGUAGCAUACGAGAACACUCCCCUUUACUUUGCCUCUGGCCCCCCCAGAAAAGCCAUCUCACUUCUGCUGAUAUUUUGCUUCAAAUUCUGGACUCGUCCAUCCUUCUGCGCCCGUGAUUUUCUUUAUUGAUCCACAGGAGGAAAUCGACAUCUUUCUUCAGAAACCCAGCUUCUGUUGUGGUGUGUCCUGCUCUGCAGCACUGAUGAUGUGUGUGUGGGCCCGAGCAGCAGCUCUGUCUCUGGUGCUGCAACAGCUGGUGCUCACUGUCUCAGCUGAAGGGACCGUCUACGACCUGCUGGCGUCUCCGGACUGCCUGCCCGACCUGCUCCAAGGGAAGCUGAAGAGCAAAGGGCAGGACGAGGCUUUCCUCCUCUCCUCCUUCAGGCUCCACAACAAGGCCCCCACGUCUCUUUUCAGUGUCAUCAACCCCAAAGACAACACCAAGUACCUGGACUUCAGUGUGCAGGCCAAACUAAGCAAGGUCACCAUUCGUUACCUGAGGACCGACGGCAGAUUUGGCACAACCAGUUUCAACCACGCCUCCCUGGCAGACGGCAGAAUUCAUCAUGUGAUGCUACAUGCCAGGGGUCUGCAGCGUGGUCCACCUCGCCUCAACAUCUACAUAGACUGCACACUGGCGCACUCUCUGGAUGAUCUUCCAGCUGCGUUUGGGUCACUCCCGCCGGGUUCUAACAAGGUGGCUCUGAGGACGCUGCAGUCAAGUGGACAGAAUGAACUGACAGACUUCAAGCUGGUGACAGAGGACACCAUAGAGAACGUGGCCACUUUGCAGGACUGUAGUGUGGAGCACAGUGAAUCUGUGCAUGUGUUGGGUUUCCAGGGAGGCAGGGAGGAACAAAACCAGGCCACCAUGGAGGAGCUGAAGAGCAUGUUGACUGAGCUGAGGGAGAUGCUGCUCAAACAGAUUAAGGAGACAACUUUUCUGAGGAACACCAUCGCUGAGUGUCUUGCCUGUGGUCUUGGGGGUUCUCCAACCAACACUCGUCCACCUCCACCUCCACCUCCAGGUCCAGUGCAGGAUGUCAUGCAGCCUCGUCCUCUGACUCAGUGUCCACCUGGAACCUGUUUCAGACAGAACAUGUGCAUCCGCUCAGAGUUGGGGGAUUUCCACUGUGCCCCAUGUUCGGAUGGAUAUACAGGAGACGGGGUGCACUGUGAUGACGUAGAUGAGUGUCAGUUUAAGCCAUGUUUCCCUGGUGUCCGGUGUGUGAACACUGCUCCUGGUUUUCGCUGUGAGAGAUGCCCUGAGGGUUAUACUGGACCAGAGAUAAACGGAGUGGGAGUAUCCUAUGCUAAAUCACACAAACAGGUAUGUGAGGAUAUAGACGAGUGUCUGGGCCCACCUGAGAAUGGAGGUUGCACUACCAACUCCCACUGUCACAACACCAUGGGCUCCUUCCGCUGCGGCGAGUGUAAAACUGGGUUCACGGGUGACCAGGUGAAUGGUUGCCAGGGCACCAGGCUUUGCCCCAACGGUAAACCCAACCCCUGUGACGCCAACGCUGAGUGUGUUGUGCUGCGGGAUGGUAGCAUCAGCUGUGUGUGUGGCGUCGGCUGGGCAGGUAAUGGCUACGUGUGUGGAAAGGACACAGAUAUUGACGCAUAUCCUGACAUAAAGCUCCAGUGCAGAGACAACAACUGUAAGCAGGUACUCAUUCCUACACCCGCUCUCCUCUCAUGCACUUCAUUCAUUGUUAUAUUCAAACUUAACACUGCACACGUGUUCCCCCAGGACAACUGUGUGUUUGUGCCAAACUCUGGCCAAGAGGACGCAGACAGGGAUGGGGCGGGUGACGCCUGCGAUGAUGAUGCAGACAGCGAUGGCAUCAUUAACAUAGAUGACAACUGCUGGCUCGUUCCUAAUGUGGACCAGAGGAACAGCGACAACGAUGUCCAUGGUGACGCGUGUGACAACUGCAGAACUAUAGACAAUCCCAGACAGACAGAUACAGACCAGGACGGGCUGGGAGAUGAAUGUGAUGAUGACAUGGAUGGAGACGACUUGAAGAAUAUUCUCGACAAUUGCCCACGGGUCCCCAACCCAGACCAGAGGGACAGAGACCAUGACGGGGUGGGGGAUGCCUGUGACAGCUGUCCUGAUAUGGCCAAUCCUAACCAGUCGGACUCAGACGACGACCUGAUUGGAGAUAGCUGUGACGACAACAUAGACAGUGACGGGGACGGACACCAGAACACAAAUGACAACUGUCCCACAGUUAUCAACUCCUCUCAGCUGGACACUGACAAGGAUGGAAAGGGAGAUGAAUGUGACGAUGACGAUGAUAAUGACGGCGUACUGGACAACGAAGACAACUGCAGACUAGUUCCCAACCCAGAUCAACAGGACUCUGACAACAACAAUGUUGGAGACGCAUGCGAAGGGGACUUUGACAAAGACAAUGUCAUCGACAUCAUCGACCUCUGCCCAGAGAACGCUGAGGUCACGCUCACCGACUUCAGAGCCUAUCAGACGGUCGUGCUGGACCCAGAGGGCGACUCCCAGAUUGACCCCAACUGGAUGGUUCUCAACCAGGGCAUGGAGAUAGUGCAGACCAUGAACUCUGACCCUGGACUUGCUGUAGGCUACCAAGCGUUCAGCGGGGUCGACUUCGAGGGAACGUUCCACGUGAACACGGUGACAGACGACGACUACACAGGCUUCAUCUUCGGCUACCAGGACUCCUCCUCGUUCUACGUGGUGAUGUGGAAACAGACAGAACAAACCUACUGGCAGGCUGCGCCCUUCAGGGCUGUUGCAGAGCCGGGAAUACAGCUCAAGAUGGUGAAGUCGGAGACAGGCCCAGGUGAGCAUCUGAGGAACUCCCUCUGGCACACAGGGGACACCACCGGGCAGGUCCGUCUCCUGUGGAAAGACCCAAGGAACGUUGGCUGGAAGGACAAGGUUUCCUACCGCUGGUUCCUCCAGCACCGACCACAGGUUGGAUACAUCAGGGCUCGUUUCUUUGAGGGUUCAGACCUGGUGGCUGACACAGGCGUGAUAAUUGACACCAGUAUGAGAGGGGGACGACUGGGAGUGUUCUGCUUCUCUCAGGAAAACAUCAUCUGGUCCAAUUUGAAAUAUCGUUGCAACGACACAAUUCCUGCCGACUACCAGGAUGUCAGUGCCUAGGGCACAGAGUGAAGCCAGAGAGGGAAGUGAUCCUUCAGGGAGACGACUGGAGCGCUGCUGAGAACAAGGAUUAAAGAAGCAGAGCUGCACGGCCGAGAGCAAAGAGUUAGAGACCAUGAGCUGAAACUGAAUGAUGAAUUUGGGAACAUGCUGUAGUCGUGAUUUUGUGUCGUUAGAGUGAUGGUCUUCACGUGAGGCAUUAUAUACUUAUCUUUAAGUUAGUGUGAUGUAACUGAAGCCAGUAUAUUCUUGUAUAAAUACAGGUUCUGUAUAUGUCUUUGCAAUAUCACCUUCAGUUUUAUCAGCAUUUUAUGAAAACUGUAUGAAAAGAGGCAAUACUGUGUUUGGAUGAAAAUACAAUAAAAUGCAGCAAUUCACAAAAAUCAA